AUGGAAGGGUCCGAUAUAGAGGAUGGAGAAGUCUUAGAGCAAGAAGAGUCAGCACAACCCCCAAAUCAGCUUAUAAUGCCAAUACAAAAUAAGCAAGACAACAGAAAGCAAGAAGUACAGCGAAUUAAGCGCCCAAGGCCAGAUGAAUCAAAAAUUAAAAAGGUAAAGUGCAAGUAUUGAGCUGGAGGGACUUGCCAUAAAGGCCAAGACUGCACUUACCUUCACGAAGGAGUUCAAUUACUAAAAGAUGAGCUCUGCAAGUAUUUUGUUACAGACACAUGUGUAAAAGGAGAUGAUUGUAUUUAUUCUCACGAUACCAAAAAAUUUGGCUCCCUGAGGAAUUUAUUUAAUUGAAUUUCCUCGAAAUAGACAUUUUUCAGGCAAAAUCAUAAAUCUUUACUUAAAAAAAAUGGCAUAAGAAAAUGUCUGCUGAGAAAUUAUAUGGUAAAAAAAAUUCCUGCUACAAAAAAUUUCCUUGCAAAUUUUUCCACGGUGUAGGAUCAUGCCAUCUAGGUGAUAAUUGUCGUUUUUCCCAUAUAAGGCUUACACCUGAAAUGAUUCCGAAGUUUAUUAAAGAUAAUGAAGCCUUUUUACAGCAAGUUCAGCAGCAAAGAGGGUAUACAAAUCUAGGAGAAUACUACAACCAAUAUGCAAGAGAGAAAGCAAGUUUACAGCCUUUAUUGCCGCUCCCAGGGAAUUUGUUAGGAAUUCCACAAUUCCCUCCUACUAUAGCUCCACCGAUUUGAAUUCCUCCAAAACCUCCCAGCCCUGAUUUAUCGUCUCGACUACAUGCAAGUGGAAUUAUACAAUUUUAAAUUAAAUAUAAUGACAAAUUAUUGCAAAAUCAAAAAAUUAUUUAAAAAAAAUCAAUUUAUUAUUAAUAAGUAUAUAAAAAAUCGAAAUAUAACAAUCCCAAAAGGUGAUUUGUCAAAACUAAGAAAGCCACCAAAUUCUCAUGUUUACAAAAAGCCUAAAUUUAGUUAA